CAUGACAUCACUCGUCGCCAUUGAGAUACACAAAGCGGCGGCGAGCAGCAGCGGAGGAUGCUAAGUCCUACACCGGCAAAAAUGUUCCCUUUCCCCAUUUUACAUCUAAAAUUACCGAUCGUCCUGCAUUAGGCUAACACCCGGUUCAGCCAUUUUGAUGAAGCCGAAAAAGGCCAGCGCGCGGAAGCAGGUGGCGAUUCAGAGGGAGAAUGUACUGGGGUGUUGGCUUCGCCUCCUCCCGGUCAUGUGUGGUUGAUCUUGGCCGGAAUCAGAGCUUCUCCUUCGGGCUCUGUGGCUCCAAUGAGCACUACUCCUUUUAUGGGUACAUUGUCGCCUUCCCUCUGCAGGACUACGGCGGGAUCAUGUCGGGUCUCGGGUCCGACUCCUGGUGGAAGAAAACCCUCUAUCUGACCGGUGGAGCUCUGCUCGCCGCCGCUGCCUACCUUCUGCACGAACUGCUUGCUAUCAGGAAAGAGCAAGAGAUGGACUCCAAAGAUGCUAUCAUUCUUCACCAGUUUUCCCGGCCCAAGAGUGGGGUUCCCAGCCUCUCCCCUUUCUGUUUGAAGAUGGAGACCUACCUGCGCAUGGUUGACCUCCCCUACCAGAAUUAUUUUGAUGGGAAGCUGUCUCCGCAGGGCAAGAUGCCCUGGAUUGAGUACAACAAAGAACAGGUGUCAGGGACAGAGUUCAUCAUCGACUUCCUGGAGGAGAAGCUGGGAGUCAACCUCAACAAGAGCCUGAGUCCACAGGAGAAGGCUGUGUCACGUGCCGUUACCAAAAUGGUGGAGGAGCACUUCUACUGGACUAUAGCGUACUGUCAGUGGGUGGAUAACCUGGAGGAAACGCAGAAGAUGCUGGCAGUGAGCGGGCCCCUGAGUGACCUUCUCAAGUGGAUCCUGAGUCACCUGACCGGCGGUAUUGUGAAGCGCGAGAUGUACGGCCACGGCAUCGGACGCUUCUCCAAAGAGGAGGUGUACGCCCUGAUGGAGAAAGACAUGCGGACGCUGGCCACCCUGCUAGGUGAUAAGAAGUAUAUUAUGGGUCCGAAGUUAUCGACCGUGGAUGCCACAGUGUUCGGUCACCUUUCUCAGGCCAUGUGGACUCUGCCUGGUACCCGGCCUGAACAGCUCAUCAAAGGUGAGCUGAUCAACCUGGCCAUGUACUGCGAGCGGAUCCGCAGGAAAUUCUGGCCCGAGUGGUACGUAGACAUCGACGACUUCUACUACGAGAGCUGGAGCGACAGCAGCGGCACGCCGUCGCAGCCUCUGGAGCUCGGCCUGUACUCGCGGACAGAGACGUUCGAUGAGGACGUGACGGGGAACAGCCUCUCCUACUCGCGCACGCCGGACUCCGAGUGCACCGCGCCCUCGUUGAUGGACUCCGACCUGGACAUGGAGGGUUCCGACCCGGAAGCGCUCAAGUGUUAACCCUGAGCCGCCCGCGCGCGUGGCUAGCGCCCCGGGGAGGGGUGGAGAGCGCACACCUGCCGGGCCGGGCCCGGGCAUGACGUCAUCGGGGGGCGUGUCCGUUCCCCGCUGCACGCGCCCUUUCAUCCACACGCGCCCCAUCUCUCCACAGUUAUUAUAUUAAUAUACUACUGCAGAGGAAGUGUGGAAAUAUACUAUACUGAUCCUUAUCUGAAUAUGAUUAUGAAAUAAUUCCUCUGCUAAAUGUAUUGAUGUUGUAAUGAAAUAUAUAAAAGGCAGUGGGAAUGUUGAUCUCCUGAGAGGCGAGUGUGUAUGAUCGGGCUCACUGAUUGGCUUAGUGGUUUGAGGCCUGUAACUUCACUCUGCCACCCUUCAGUCCAGACUCAGCAGUCCCUGCGGGCACUGAUUGACAUGUGUCUCACCCCUCCAGCUACAGGACUGAGCAUACGGGAAUGAAAGAGUACUACGUUUCACUAGUCAGCACUAACAAUACACCUGUUCUAAAAAGUGCUGAAAUAAUGACCUGACAGCUCUUUUUAAAAGUCGUUUUGAAACAAAGGGAAGAUAAUAUAGUGAAAAUGAUUCUUUACUUGUCGGGUGUGAAGCUGUCUGACAGAAACUGUUUCCGUGUCAAGAGUUUGAAAUGGUUUGUAAUUCUCUGAGGCCAGGGUGAUGUUCUUUAGGGUCUUGAACGAGGCCAGGUCAGAAGAAACGCACAAAUCUGUGACAGAGCAAAGCACACUGGCCUUUUAAAAAAAAAAAAAAAAAAAAAAGUUUCUUUUGGACAAAUUAUUAGCUAACAAAUGUUCAGCGCUGUCCGGGGCAGUUAUGCAGCUCAGAGAGAGUUUAUAACAGUCUCUCUGGUUCCACCCUGAAUCUCACUGAGAAGAACAGCCACACAGAGGUAGCCACUUACCUACCCAACUGCAGAGGACAGGGGCCAUGAGGUUUAUUUGUCUGCUGUCUGUCCUACCCAACCUACUGUUAACCUGGUUUGCUGUACUUCCUACUUAUUCCCAAAAGGAAAGCUGCUAAAAUCAAUGCUACUGAGUUUCAAUCACUUGACCACGUAAAGAUCCUUUUUAUUAGCAUGCAGGAGCUGCAAUAUGGUGCAGCAAAACAGUUGAUCCUGUUUCCACGGGAGCAACAAAGGCCCUUACUCCAAUCUCAGUUGUCCGACUGCAGUCGGGGCUUGGCAGCGCUUAGCUUCAGGUUUCUGCCCUGCAGAAGCAAGAAAGCUCUCCAGAGUGUGAGCCCGAGUCUAAUUAAAACUAUGGUAAUUGUAACCACAAAUGUGAAGAAAUGGUGGUUAUACAAAUUAAAUCCCUACAGUGCUUUGAUUUCUCCGUCUGGGUGGGAUUUAGUGGUCUGAUCUCAUAACUAAUUACAGUACCUGCAAUACCAGUACCUGACCUAGGCUGCCAGUGGCAAAAACCGGUACACUGUGGAAUCCCUUUGUCUGUGUGCUGAGGACUGCACUGUUUUCCAGGUUCAGCUAAUGUGCUCCUGCAGAUGAAUCUUGUUUCUAACUGUUACAGACUGGAGCUGUGUGGGGUACCCCAACAAAUGAGCAGCUUUUGUCACAUGGUUGACUGUGUGGCUGCAUUAUCAGUGUGCACAGUGGCUGUAUAAACCCUCUCUGUAGCUGCAUCAGUGUACAGUGUGGCUUUACAAACCCUCUGUAGCUGUGUGUCAAAAACGGCGUGAUAUUUUCCCAGCAUGAGACCAGCCAACUUCACUCGCAUGUGUUUGCCUUAGAUCAGAAAUCACUGAGAACAAACUCAAUGGACUGCCUUAUAAUUUUACUUUUUUUACCUUAUGCCUGAGCCAGUACUUUAUGUUAUUUUAAAUGAAUUGUUCAUCUUCUGGUGACAAAUCUGUGGAAUUAUUUUUUUAAAAUGUACUUUUGUUUUUUAAUGCGUUAUUCCAGCCAUUAGCCGAGUGAGUGAGUGAGACUCUGUGUUUUCCUCUUGUGCUAAGAACACCUGACUGCACAUGCUCACUGCACACCUGUAUGCAAGUAAAAGGAGCUACCAUCUCUGAACCAAUCACCACCACCCAGAUACUACCAAAUAAAUGAGAAGAGAGUGUGCCAGACUGUGCCAGGACAGAAUUCGCAGUCCUCCCCUCACGUUGAAGUGUGUGCAUGUUUAAGGGGGAGAUCCACCUUUGUCUGUCUGUCUGUCCGUCUGUCUGUGUAAUCAUGUUCCUUAGCUCGGCUGGAUUCUCCUGGCUGACAGUGUGGUGAGUUUUGCUGUCAUGCUUCCAUUUCUGAGGGGCUGAAACAUGAGCAGAAGACAUCCAGAACCGCAUGACCCAGACUCAGUCAACUUACAUGCAGACACUCGAUAGUCGCAGGACAAAAUCGCUUUUAAACAAUCCCCAUUGUGAAAGUGACCAAACGCCACAGCAGGUCAUUGGAAAACUAAAAUGGAAAGAUUUUCUGUUAUCAUACCUCAUAACUUAGCUUUGUUCAAGUUAGCUGUGGUCGUGGAAAUCUGCUGAGGAGGGUAUUCUUGAGUGUCCUCUUGCUCACACCCGACAUAAAUGGCAGUCUAAGUCCAGAGUGGGACUCCACUGUGUAAUUUUCUUGUACAUAUCAGUACCACUAGUUUAUGAAGCCAUAUUACAGAAUCAAUGUUGUGUAUGUUUAGACAAUUGUGGACUAUACUGGGUAUUGUACAUAGGAGUGUAAAACUGUACAUGAACUAAACCACUGUAAGAUACCAUGUACUAAUUGACUUCCUAUCAAUGUACUGUACCAUAACCAGAGAUGAUUGGCUGUAUGGAAAUGAUUACUCUGAUACUAAUAUUUCAUUAAACAUAGCUGUUAUAAUUUUA